AUGAAGCUCUCUUUCAUCGGUGCUGCCUUGAUUGCAGGCCAAUUCGUAUAUGCUGCUCCCGCAUCCUCGUCCUCCACCAAAACUACAAAUGCUGCUACCAAGACUGCAUCCUACAUCCCUCAACACUCUCCCAGCUUCCCUGGUAACAUGCCUGCUGCUACGGGUGUUGUCACUGCCUAUAACUAUGGCCCUUACAAUCUCUCUACUACUUUGCCCACCAACACUUUGAGCGGCUACCCUGAUCCCUGGAGCUCACCCAGUACCACAUCAAGCGAGGUCAAGGCUGCUAUUAAGGCUAUCGACUGGUCUCUCGUUCCUGACAUUAAGCCUAGAAAACAAGACUCUGAUGGCAAUUGGCUCAAGGAUAGCGAUGGAGAUUCUGAUCCCUACUGUUGGUGGUCCUCAACUAAUUGUGUCAAGCCCAAGAUUAACAUCCCUGAAGAUUACUAUACUUGUGGUCGCCAAGGCGAUUGGGGUUUAUCUUACGAUGACGGACCUUUCAAUCUCUAUACAGAUGAGAACGCUGCUACAGAAAAUCCGUACGCAGAACCAGCCUUGUACAAUUUCUUGGCCGAGCACAACAACCAAAAGGCUACUCUCUUUUAUAUUGGUUCCAAUGUUGCAACUUACCCUGAAGCUGCCAAAAGAGCCUUCAAUGACGGCCAUGAAAUCUGUGUUCAUACUUGGUCUCAUCCUGCCAUGACAACGCAAACAAACUACCAAACUGUUGCUGAGCUCUAUUGGACAUUGAAGGCCAUCAAGCAAGUUACUGGUGUCACACCUCGCUGCUGGAGACCUCCUCAAGGCGAUGUCGAUGAUCGUAUUCGCGCCAUCGCUUGGCAAAUGGGUCUUCGCACUGUCAUCUGGGAUGAAGACAGCAACGAUUGGGACAUGCCAGCUCCCGGUGGAGGUUCAUUACCGCCUUCCACUGUGGACUCGUACUUUGUCCAAUGGUUGGCUGAUCAACAAGCUCACAACCAAACAACUGGCCACAUGGUGCUUGAACAUGAGUUGAAUCACGCUACUGUCAACAUGACAAUGAAAUGGUUGCCUACUCUUCAAAAGAACUUCAAUGUCAUUCCUGCUUUGGCUUGUAACAACGUUUCCAAUCCCUACUGGGAAGAGCAAUUCGUGUACCCACUGUCUAACUUUCCUGCUGCUGCCACAUCUGGAGUGAUUCCUACUGCUGCUGCCACGGCCACUGCUGCUGCCAGUGAUGUCGCAAAUGCCACUGCUACUAGCAGCACCUUUGACGAUUCAACUCUUACUGCUGACAUUGUGUUAACUGCCUAA